AUGUCUGAGGGCCUACCUACUGAUACUCAGCAGCCUAUUCCAGAGGUACCAGCUGAAACUUCUCCUGCUCCGACUAAAAAAGAAAGUAAGAAACAAGCCAAGAAAAUUACAGAAGGUGAAGCGGACUUAUACUUGGACCAAUACAAUUUCACUACUACAGCUGCCAUUGUGAGUUCUGUUGACCGUAAGAUAUUUGUUCUUUUACGUGAUGGGAAACUUCUUUUUGGUGUUCUAAGGACAUUUGACCAAUAUGCCAAUCUAAUUCUUCAGCAUUGUGUUGAAAGGAUAUAUUUGACUGGUGAUCAUAAAGGAAAGUAUGCUGAAGAAGACCGUGGUAUAUUCAUGAUUCGUGGUGAAAAUGUUGUAAUGUUAGGUGAGGUUGAUAUUGACAGAGAGGACCAACCUUUAGAGACUAUGCAACAGAUUCCAUUUGCAGAAGCACAAGCUAUCAAGAAACAAACAGACGAUAAUAGAUGUGUAACAGAAACUGCAAAGAUUAAAGAGUUUGCUCGUCAUGGUUUAACUCAUGAUUUCCAUAAGACAGAUAUGUACUAG